AAUGACUAUGAAGUUGUCAAAUCAAGUCAGAUAGUUGGUCAAGAUGGCGGAAAGCGAAGCAAAAUCCGGCGGUUUUCUUACAAAUAUUGUCUUGGAAAUCGUCCAAAGUCCCGUAAACAUUCUUUUAGUGUGUCUGAUCGGAAUUCUAGUGUACAAAAUAGUGAAAAGCCGACAAGAUGUGCCUCAGAGUCGCCAACCCGAGCCGGAGCUCCCCAAAUUGAAAAAAAGAGACUUUACCGUUGAAGAACUGAAAAAAUACGACGGAAACCAAGAGGAUGGACGCGUCCUCGUGGCCGUCAACGGCAACGUCUACGACGUUACAAAAGGGAAGCGUUUUUACGGCCCCGGGGGCCCUUAUGCGGCGUUCGGCGGCCGCGACGCCUCCAGGGGGCUCGCCACCUUCUCAGUCUCGGCAAAAACCGACGAGUACGACGAUUUGAGCGACCUUAACAGCAUGGAAAUGGAUUCGGUCCGGGAAUGGGAGGCGCAGUUCAAAGAGAAAUACGACCUCGUUGGGAAGCUACUGAAGCCAGGCGAGCAGCCCACGAACUACUCUGAUGAUGAAGAAGAUGAGACCCCAACGGGCGCGGGCGAUAAAAGCAAAGAUGAUUGAAUUUGAGGCUGAAAGACUGCUCUUCUAGUGUAAAAAAAUAUCUUCGUUUUAUAUGAUCUUGUUGGCUUUUUUAACAUAUUUUUUAAGGAUGGUUCGUGUGAUGCAUUUCCGGUAAUUGUUACUUAUGUGAGCUUCUUUUCAAAUUUUUAUGUAACGCUAAAGUGGUAACGAUUCGAUUCCAGUUUGUGCAUUUUCUAAUUUUAAGUCUCGUCAUAAAUUACGGUCCCUUUUCCGCCAAUAAAUUCGCAAUAUUGUAACAACACUGCAAAUGACGUAUUUUAUUUUUGUGUUGGGUAAUUUUAAGAUUUAGCGAGUGCCACAAGUGGGUCAAGGUUACAACACACGUUACCAACUUCAGUGUGGCUUUAGUUGGUAACAUGUGGCACUUUUUAUUUUAGGGGCUACAGUUUUUAAUAUACGGCACGUUUCAAAUGUCUAUUUUCUUAACGAAACACCAGUACUUAGGUAACACAGGACCGUACUUUGUAACAUUUGAAAUGUACCUUUCUUUUAUGACCAGCUACAUAAUUAUGGUGUGUGUAUAUAAUUGUAUGUAUGAAGAGUUUUUGAAGAAAUUAUACAUGUUAACGCCUACUUUAUGUAAGAUUUAAAAAUGAAAUAUCUCUUUUAA